GUUCGAGAACUUGUCUUGGACAACUGCAAAGCAAAUGAUGGAAAAAUUGAGGGGUUAACAGAUGAAUUUGUGAACCUAGAGUUCCUCAGUUUAAUAAGUGUAGGCUUAUUUUCAGUUUCAGAUCUCCCCAAGCUACCUAAAUUGAAAAAGCUUGAGCUCAGUGAUAAUAGAAUUUUUGGCGGUCUGGACAGACUAGCAGAAGAACUUCCUAGUCUAACCCACCUAAAUUUAAGCGGGAAUAAACUGAAAGAUAUCAGCACCUUGGAGCCUUUGAAAAAGCUGGAUUGUCUUAAAAGUUUGGAUCUGUUUGGCUGUGAGGUCACUAAUUUGAAUGAUUAUCGGGAGAGUGUCUUUAAGCUCCUGCCCCAGUUGUCCUAUCUGGAUGGCUAUGACCGGGAGGACCAGGAAGCACCUGACUCGGAUGUGGAGGUGGAUGGUGUAGAGGAAGCCCCCGACUCCGAUGCCGAGGUGGAUGGUGUGGACAAGGAGGAAGAGGAUGAAGAAGGAGAAGAUGAAGAUGAAGAAGAAGAUGAGGAUGGUGAAGAAGAGGAGGAUGAUGAAGAAGAGGAUGAAGAUGAAGACGAAGAUGUAGAAGGAGAAGAUGAUGAAGAUGAAGUCAGUGGGGAGGAUGAAGAGUUUGGGCAUGAUGGAGAAGUUGAUGAAGAUGAAGAGGAUGAGGAUGAGGAUGAGGAUGAAGAGGAGGAAGAAAGUGGAAAAGGUGAAAAGAGAAAGAGGGAAACAGAUGAUGAAGGAGAUGAUGAUUAAGACCCGAAACAAUCUGCAAGAAACAGAACUGUUGAGUAUUGGUUGGACUGCUCAUGGAUUUGGUAGCUGUUUUAAAAAGGUAGCUGUGAUACAAGCCCCAGGACACCCCCACCCAAAGAGCCAAAGAAUAGUUCCCAAGACAUUCCGCCUUCCUCCGUUUAGCCCCUUGGUAAUCCACCACCAAGCCUGGGGACUGCCACCCCAACAAAAUUGUAAACGUUGUUAGGUUUCCGUGUAAGACUCUUGCUGUAUCGUGACAGCUGUGAUUGGUGAGUUGACCGUCCUGGCUGCCAGUUACACUGCGAUUGUAACAACAUUUUUACUUUCUGUACAACAAGGAAAAGCUUUGUAAAUAAAAUCUUAACAUUUUUGGGUC